AUGGUGCAUGUCUUGUCGGACGCCUUAAAAAACCUUAACACUUAUUGUUAUGAAAGGACGACACGAAUACGUGACUCUCUUUCACCCGCUCGUAAUUCACAUUUAGGACAGUCAUCAAAUUCAUCUUCUCCAUGCACAAUUCCCUCACCACCUACAAUGCCGGCAAAUGAUCUCGACGAAUCUCUUAUUGAAGACCCAACACCGAAUCACAGAGGAAUGAGUCGCAAAGAGUUCCGAAAAUACGGUAAGGAGGCAGUGGAUUACAUUGCAGACUACCUGGAGACAAUUCAUAAGCGACGGGUAGUUCCAGCUAUUGAACCAGGCUAUUUGCAGGUGGUUUUAAUUCCGGCUGAUGCACCUACAAGACCUGAGCCUUGGGAGACGGUAAUGGAAGACUUUGAAAAGCUCAUCAUGCCCGGUGUCACCCAUUGGCAACAUCCGCGAUUCCAUGCGUAUUUUCCAGCAGGCAACUCCUAUCCAUCUAUAUUAGCUGACAUGCUCAGUGACGCUCUGGGUUGUGUUGGUUUCAGCUGGGCUGCUUGUCCGGCGAUGACUGAGCUGGAGAUGAUCAUGUUGAACUGGUUCGGCAAAAUGAUAGGUCUUCCGAAGGAAUUCUUACCACUCACUGAAGGAGGAAGAGGCGGAGGUGUUAUUCAGAGUUCAGCUUCAGAGUGUAAUUUCGUUUCGCUUUUGGCAGCUCGUUUCGAAGUGAUGAAAGAACUCCGACAACGAUUUCCAUUCGUUGAAGAAGGUCUUCUACUGUCAAAGUUGAUUGCGUACUGCUCUAAGGAGGCUCAUUCUUCGGUCGAGAAAGCGUGCAUGAUCGGUAUGGUGAAAUUACGAAUUCUCGAAACUGAUUCGAAAUUUCGUCUACGAGGUGACAUUCUCCGUAAUGCCAUACAGGAAGAUCGAAAUCUUGGUCUUAUCCCGUUUUUCGUAUCCACAACGCUCGGUACGACGUCGUGUUGUUCGUUUGACGUCUUGAGCGAGAUUGGUCCAGUCUGCGAAAGGAACGAACUAUGGCUACAUGUGGAUGCUGCUUAUGCCGGAUCGGCGAUGAUUUGUCCAGAAUUCCGUUACUUGUUGAACGGCAUUGAGUACGCCAUGUCGUUCAACACGAACCCCAAUAAAUGGAUGCUCGUUAACUUUGACUGUAGCACUAUGUGGGUGAAGGAUCGCUUCAAGCUGACUGAGGCUCUGGCUGUGGAUCCACUCUAUCUUCAACACAGUUGGAUGGAAAAGUCUAUCGAUUACCGUCACUGGGGAAUUCCUUUGAGCAGGCGUUUUCGCUCACUGAAGUUGUGGUUUGUGAUCCGAGCGUACGGUGUGGAAGGAUUACAAGCAUACAUUCGGGAGCAUGUUCGGCUUGCCAAAAGAAUGGAGGCGCUUUUACAAGCUGACCCAAUGUUCGAAAUUGUUGGUGAAGUCAUUAUGGGUCUCGUCUGCUUUCGGAUGAGAGGUAGUGACGAUCGCAAUCAGCAGUUGCUUAUGCGUCUCAACAGUUCAGGGCGAAUCCAUAUGGUACCGGCUUCUCUGAACAAUCGCUUUGUGGUAAGAUUCUGCGUGUGCGCCGAGAAUGCAACCGACAAUGACAUUGACAAGGCGUACAGUAUAAUCAGCCAGGCUGCUCAGCACACACUGCACGAGGAAUCUUCUCUAUCAAUCAUAGAGGAUCAUGAGGCCGAGCAGCUCGAGGAGGAAGGCUACGACGUCGAUGCUCCAAUCAAGGUAUUCAUUUCUCUUUCUGUGUUGUUUCCUAUUACAGAGUUUUCUUAUAAAAUAGUGGAAAGAAAUUAUAAAGAAGAGAAAAUACUACUCAUUGAAGGAAUCCUGUCCUUUAGGUCCUUCUUGGUACGCAUGGUUUCGGAUCCAAAAUGUUACAAUCCGAAAAUUAUUCGUCACCUCAACAUGACCAGUCAUCGUAAAAUGAGCGAAGAUUUCCAUCGUGACCGAACGUUAAUGCAAGUCCCUUUGUUAUCGGAUAGGAUAAGACAAACUAUACUUCUGUUUGAUCUUUAG